CUAGUGCUCCGGGCGUUCCGGCCUCGCUGCGCCACCCGGCCGCGGUCCCCUGUACUCCUGCCCCGCGGAUGCGUAGAGGCUCAGAGUUGCGCUCGGUUGCAGAGCACGAAAACCUCGCCGGAGCAAGAAAACAGCCUGAAACCCGGAGACCGAGCAGAGCGGUCCUUGGGAGGCAUCCCAGGACAGGGCUGUGCGCUGCUGAGCGAGUACUGACAGGCUGGAAAAUGUCAGUUUACUGUUCAAAUUAUACUGCUUGACAGUGAUGACCCUGGUGGCUGCAGCUUAUACCAUAUCUUUAAGAUACACAAGGACAACAGACAGAGAGCUCUACUUUUCAACCACAGCUGUGUGUAUCACAGAAGUUAUAAAGUUAUUUCUGAGUUUUGGACUUCUAGCCAAAGAAACUGGUAGCCUGGGUAGAUUCAAGGCAUCUUUAAGUGAGAAUGUCUUGGGGAGCCCCAAGGAACUGAUGAAGUUAAGUGUGCCUUCGUUAGUGUACGCUGUUCAGAACAACAUGGCUUUCCUAGCGCUUAGCAAUCUGGAUGCAGCAGUAUACCAGGUGACCUACCAGUUGAAAAUUCCCUGUACUGCUUUAUGUACUGUUUUAAUGUUAAAUCGGACACUCAGCAAAUUACAGUGGAUUUCAGUUUUUAUGCUGUGUGGUGGAGUCACACUUGUACAGUGGAAACCAGCCCAAGCUACAAAAGUUAUGGUGGAACAGAAUCCAUUAUUGGGUUUUGGUGCUAUAGCUAUUGCUGUAUUAUGCUCAGGAUUUGCAGGGGUAUAUUUUGAAAAAGUCUUAAAAAGUUCAGACACUUCCCUCUGGGUGAGAAACAUUCAAAUGUAUCUGUCAGGAAUCAUUGUGACAUUAAUUGGCGCCUACUUGUCAGAGGGAGCUGAAAUCCAAGAAAAAGGAUUUUUCUAUGGUUACACAUACUAUGUCUGGUUUGUCAUAUUUCUUGCAAGUGUGGGAGGCCUCUACACUUCCAUUGUGGUCAAGUACACAGACAACAUCAUGAAGGGUUUUUCUGCAGCAGCAGCCAUUGUCCUUUCUACCAUUGCUUCAGUUAUACUGUUUGGAUUACAGAUAACACUCACCUUUGCUCUGGGUACCCUUCUCGUGUGCGUUUCCAUAUAUCUCUAUGGAUUACCCAGACAGGACACUACAUCCAUCCAGCAAGGAGAAACGGCUUCAAAAGAAAGAACCAUUGGUGUGUGACUUGAGCCUCGGUAGAGUCCUACUGUGACUAAACAGCCUGCAUUAAUCUAGAGCCUUAAAGUCAGUCUCAGAAGGGAGCUUACAUAGCAACGGCAAAGUAACUGUAUGGCCCAAGGAUCAAGCAAGAAGAAAGCUCUGAGAGAACUGGCACAGAGACAACUGCAGACCUGCUGAGGGUCCAGCUGUGUUGUAGAAUGAAGGAAUUUUAUUGUGUGUAUAUAUAAUGUACAUAACACGUAAGGAGAUAAUAUGGUAUUAAAAAAUCACGUGAAGCUACCAAAUCAAGUGAUAAGGUAUGGGCUACUAUCUAAAGAUCGAAGUGCCAAAGCCAUUUUUGUGCUGUCCUGUUGUUCAGGUAUCAGGGGAGGACGACCUCUCCUUGUUCUCCAGUUCAUUCAUGUACAGUAUUUUGUCUCAGUAGCAGUCAAGAGCUAGGUCUUACAAACACAGAAACAACACAGGCUAGUUCAGAAACUGAAUGUGUAACUUCUCAAAUGGAAUCUAUUUUGUAAUUCAGCCAGUGAUUUCUGCGUGGUGACUGGGUACUCCUUUAGUGCUAUAUUUGUGCCAUUCAUUUUCUCAUAUUUCUUUGCUAUUAGAUAUACUUGUCUUCAAGAAAAUUUCUCACUUUUAUACUUUUUUUAAUAAAGUACAGUUGUUGGGGUCUCAAUUUGUGAAAUAUUUCUAUAAUGUUAAUGGGAGAAAUUGAGCAAUAAACUUUAUUUA